AUGGACGAUGUUCCCCCCCGCGCAUCGGACUCGAGCGCGUCGGCGGAUACAGUAAGAAGUGGCUCGAUCUCCCCGCACGAGGACGGACAUACUGGCGAUGUCGUGGAAACCCGCAACCAAGAGGCCCGGCCGCCUCCAAACACUAUACGAGAGGAUACAAUGGACGAAGACACCCCAUCCGAACCUAUCAUAGCCCCCAUCAACCUGUCCAGCGCGUUGGCAAAACAAGCACAACAAGGAAACACCCAUGAGUCUAUGCCACAAAGUACCACGACCGAGCUUAGUGGAGCUGAGACUAGGACCUCUGGUAUGCAAGCAGCUCAAAGCAUGUUCGACAACCCGCCAAACCUUGCACGGAUUCGCCGAGUUCUGUUCGAGUGCAAAGACCCAAUCGAGAUCAGCCUGGAGGAAUUCGAAACAUAUUGGCCGUUUAUCGACAAUGUAUGGGUUAAACAGAGGACCAAUGCUAGCAAAGAGGGCCACUGCACCACAGACUACUACAUGUGUCGGCUACGACGCCCAACCCAUCGCACAUCCGAAACUCGUCCGCUGCCGGAGGGGAAACGUCCCCGGAAGAAACGCGUGCGAGAGGGGGGCCUCUGCAAUUUCCAGAUCAAAGUGGUCCGGUUUGAUGGCGCAUAUACCACGGUUACCAUUGCGAGAACGCCUGGAAGUGGUAGCGUUCAUUCCCAUGAGUUGGACUAUAUCGACCAUGUCAAGCGCAACUCGGGACUGAUGGAAUUCGCACGCAGAGAGUCUGUCAAGGGCUAUCUGCCUUCCUCUAUUUAUACCAAAUUCCAGGAGGAACCAGAGAAGCUGAAUGAAGCUGGAGGGCGGUUCCUCACCGUGACGGACGUGCGCAACGUCUCCGCCAAGUGGCGCAUUCAAAACCCCGAAGUCAAGCUUAUUCCCCAUGAUGGGUAUCAGCUGGUCAAGGGCCACGGGAUUGUCAAAUCCGCGAACGCUGUCAAUACCAAUGAAGCUGUACCGACCCAACCCAACCCGCCGACCUCAUCCUCUCAUCUACCGCCGGACACGUUAUCCUUCCCCAGUUUCGCUCUAGACUUCUUACAGCCCUAUUUACCUAAUCACGCCGAAAGACGCGAACUGCCUCAUGUCACACUGUCCUAUGCUUCAUCCAUGGACUCCAAAAUUUCUCUUCUGCCGGGCAUGCAAACGGUACUAUCGGGACCUGAGGCCAAGCUCAUGACUCAUUAUCUUCGCUCCCGCCACGAUGCGAUCCUCAUUGGAGUUGGCACCGUCCUUGCCGACAACCCGGGGUUGAAUUGUCGCCUCGAAGGAGCUGGCGGCUUUGGGGGACUUGGUCGGAUGUGGCAGCCUCGUCCUGUGGUCAUUGACCCCAUGGGUCGCUGGCCUAUACACCCGGAAUGCCGCAUGCUUCGAACGGCCGUGGAGGGUAAAGGCAAAGCUCCGUGGGUUGUUGUAUCGCCCGGAGCCCAGAUCAAUCCUCAAAGGCUGAUGAUGCUCAAGGGGUACGGUGGUGACUUCCUCCGAAUCGUGGAAUACAAUCAGAACUGGCGAUUACGGUGGGAAGCUGUCCUACGAGCCCUUGCUUCAGAAGGCAUCAAGAGUGUCAUGAUCGAAGGUGGUGCUACAGUCUUGAGCGAGCUCUUGAACCCGGAGUAUACCAACUUCAUUGACUCGAUCAUUGUGACGGUGGCACCCACCUAUCUUGGUCGGGGGGCUCCUGAUUCCAAGCUGGACCAAGAGGGCAAGCCCAAUGCAGCGUUGAACCCUCGCGAUGUGAAAUGGACACCGCUGGGCCAGAAUGUCAUUAUGUGUGGCAAUAUUCGACAACGUGAGCCUGAGCGACCAGAAGAUGCUGUAUGA